CCUGAAUAUUGGGGUGACUGGGGUAAGUGAUUUCAAGAUUAUGGCUGCUGAUGCUUCUGUGUUUACAUUCAGAGAUGAAGAUGAUUAUGAAAGUGAGUGAACGGCAUCACAAUGGUCAUUUGUAUAAAACAUGCACAUUUCUCAGUUACAUUCUUUUGAAGUUAUAAAGAAUAUAUGAAACUCAAACUGCAGCUGUACUGGUGUUUUUUACAAAAAAAAAUGGCUUCCAAUGAUGCUUGUGCACGCUCAUGUAGAUAAGGACAGUCACAUUUGCAGUGUCCUGAUUCUCCGCAAUUGUAGCAUAACAAAAAAUCAUCAAUAUCUGGUUGUUUCCUUGUCUACGUGAUUGAGUGGUCUGUGGCUUUCUUGAAGUGUGCCCUUCUCUCUUCUUCAUUAAUCGUUUGAACUUGCGAACAAACAUCGCAAAUUGUUCAUCUGAGAGAAUGUUCAAUGAUUUCUCCAAUGAUCUUGAAUUGCUUGUUACGUUUCAACAACCAAAGUAGUAACUAUGGCUUCUCCGUUUUCUUCUUCUUUCAUCUCAUUCAUCUCAAACUCGUAAUCUUUAAGAUCACUGAAAAGCUUAUCAGUAGAGAGAGUGCGGAUAUCCAUACUAUCUCUCAUAGCAAUCACCUUCAUGUCCAUGUGAUGGGGAAAUCUUGGACCUCUUUCACUUUUAGAGAGAGAUCUUUUUGGGUCAGCUCUUUCCCAAGAUCAAAGACCUCUGCUAUUAACUUCAAAAAUCUUGAAUCCACGUCUAGAACUGCCUCACCUGAAUGCAUCAUGAAAUCCUCAAAUUUCUUGAGUGUUAUAUAUAGUAAGUUUGUGGUCGUCUUAUUAAUCUCUUGCUACAUCUUUUAUAGUUUCACGUUUCCAUAUUCUAAAUAUGGUUUCACCAAUAGCCUUGAAUGAGAUGACCUCUGGAUAUGUUAUGAUUUUUAUCUAAGUUGUUUCUCUUCCUAUCUUCAUUUGUCCAAUCGUCCAUUAUAUCCUAGGUCUUAGAACGAAGUAUCUUCAAGUUCAGUGUCAACUGGUCUUUUUGUUAAUCUUCAUUAAAACAAUUGGACCAGCAAUUUUUACCUCCCACAUCUCAUCAUGAAGGCCUGAUAGAAGGGCAUUGCGAUUUGUCUUCGAUCUGAUCUUCAAAUCAUCAAAUCUGUUAAGAUUGAAGAGAACAUUUUUAGCCCUCUUGAGUUUUCUCUUGAGUUAGUUUACAUGCAUUUUCCCUCAAAUUUCAUAACUUUAAUUCUAUUGUUAUUUGACAUGAAUUCCUAUAGCAAGUAGAAAGAAUAGACAAGUUCUUGAUGAAAUGGGUGAUAAGACAUAAGUCCUACAAUAGUUUCAAAAUAAAAUAAUGGAUAAAAUAAUCCAUGCAUAUAAAAGUCAC